UGCACUUAGGGUUUUUAUAAAUCCAAGUGAUCUUUUCCCUUACCUGAUCUGUACUACUGGAACAGUUUCAGCAGAUAGAAUCAUCCAAAGCCCUAGGGUUUUGAGAGAACAGGAAAUUAAGAGUGCUUCUAUAGUCCUAGAAAAUGAAGGCAGAACAUGAGAUCGAGGCUGGCGAAGCUAAUUCCAAGCAGCACUCUACCUCAUCAACACAUGAAAGGGUACUACAUAUAAAUAGAGGGCUAUCUGUAAUGGACUUGGUUCUUCGAAUUAUUGCAGCUGUUGGAAGUUUAGGAAGUGCGGUGGCAAUGGGAACAGCGGAACAAACACUACCAUCUUUUAUACAGUUUAUCCAAUUUAAUGCUCAAUACAACGAUAUUCCCAUGUUCACGUUCUUUGUGAUCACGAAUUCGAUUGUCUGUGCUUAUCUUGGACUUUCACUUCCCAUGUCUAUCUUCCACAUCAUCAGAUCAAGUGCAGCAAUAAAUAGUAGGAUCAUCUUGGUCAUCUUUGACACGGUAAUGAUGGCUCUUCUCACUGCUGGAGCCUCUGUAGCGGCAGCAAUUGUAUACUUGGCACACAACGGGAAUGCAAGUGCCAAUUGGUUUGCGUAUUGCCAGCAAUUCAACUCCUUCUGUGAGCGCACUUCUUGGUCUUUGAUUGGCUCUUUUGGUGGAAUAAUUGUAUUUAUGCUGCUAAUCAUUACCUCAGCUGUGGCAAUAUCUCGACGCUAGCUAGCUAGCUAAUGAUGAUCAGAAUUAUACAAUCAGAAAUCCAUGCAUGUACGUAUGUGUAUUUACUCGGACUUAUGCUGUGCUAGAUCCCAA